AUGGACGUAGAUGUGGAGGAUAAAGGCUUACUCCAAGCACCCUGUUAUAACUCCCUUGGACUCCUGGCCUUUAUCGAAUGGUUUGGAUCACUGGCGUGGCCUGUGCGCCCCUACCAAGUUGCCAUUUGCUUCUCGCUCGCCUAUGCAUCCGACGCAUACUUUAAAGUGCCAUACCUGGAGGAAGUCAAAGAAAGGCUUACUUAUCUUAAUGAAUGGUGGAUUCCAUCUUCACUUGGCGAACGCUUUGCACGUCGUGUUGAAUUGCUUGAGUUUGGUUUAUUAUAUCUCGCACUGUUCACAUGGAUACGCCGAGGUUUUCUCCGUUGGGUACUUUCCUACACGCGAUGGAUUUACUAUUCGGAUCCAUCACAAGACAUCUCCUUUUGGGGGAAGUGCUGGAGGUACGGUCUGUGGCUUGGCGCUGGAAGUUCGCCAUCAACAUUCGACACGGAGACGAUCCUUCCGUCGCUCCCACUGCCCAGCGUCGAUUUGACCAUCAAAAGAGUGAUGGGCAGCCUUGCUCCAUAUCUUGGCACCGACUCUGCCAGAUACCAGGAGAUUGAAGUCGGCAUCAAGAAAUGGGCGAAAGAACAAGGCAGCGGUUGUCAGCGUCGACUGAGAGUAAAAAAGUGGUUUUCGGGGAACUACGCAACUGCCUGGUGGGAAUCCUACACAUUUCUGUGCCACAGAGAGUCCGACUUCACGAGUCCAACCUUCUACGCAUUUCAGAAAUCAAGUUCGCAAUUUACUCAAAACUCGCUUGCUCGGGCCGCAGUUCUUCUCUACCUCUACGGCAACCUCCGUACCUUGCUUAAAGCAGGCAAAGUCAAAACUCAGACCUUCCAAGGCCGAGUGCCAAUGUGCAUGACCCAAUGGCGUCGUCUCUUUUCAACCACUAGAAUUGCAAAUGAAGAUCACGACGAAUUGUGGACCUAUCCUCCCUCAUUCAGCAAGCACAUAGUCGUCGUGCACAACGAACACUACUACAAGGUCCCGCUGUUUACCAAGUGGCGCCGAAUUGUCUCGCCAGAUCUACUGCAAAAGAUGCUGCAUUUCAUCGUGGAAGAUUCAUCAAAGAAAUCUGAGUGCGAACAACAGCCUCAGUACUCACCAGCCCUCCUGACAGCUCUCAAUCGAGACGAGUGGCACGAGUGUCGAUCGGAUUUUCUCACCUCUGGAGCCAACAAAGUUCAUUUGGCCACCGACUCUGCGCAGAGCGUUGACAGUUUUCGUGGAAAACUGUGGCUCGACAAGUGCAUCAAUUUUGUCGUGCUGAAAGAGGCCACCGUGGGCAUCCACGUUAAUUGGGCUUGCAUGGACCCCGCGGUGUUCGGGACAGUUCUCGAACGCCUUCGCGUCGCGGAAACGGCAUCCAUGUAUGACUCUGAAACCGGUGAUGCUGUCGCCAUCCACGACGCUGACCACUCGUGUGACGAGCCAAUCGCACUUAACUGGCAGUGUGUCGAUGAAAUGACGGAGAUUUACGCAGGUGCUCAGAAGGUGUGUCUAAGGACAGUAAAUGCAGUGAAUUCGUGCGUCCUCUACUUCACGGAGUACGGUCGUGCGACAGUGAAGUUUAAGUGGGACCUGAGCACCGACGGGUUCAUUCAGACGGCCCUUCACACCGCCUUUUACCGAAUGUCGAGGAAGCUGGCUUUGUGCGCUGAAAUCGUGCCCUGUCGACUCUUCAGCAACGGCCGCAAUGAAACGCUUCGUUCUCUCACCACUGAGGUGGCCAACUUUGUGAGGGCGUUUAACAAGUACAUGUCAGCCAAAGUGAAGAACGGUGGGGGAACGACAGAUCCAUCGGAAGUUGACAAGUGUGUGACGCUACUGAGGACUGCUUGCCAACGCCACCAGUGUCUCCUUCGGCACGCUUUGACUGGGAAAGGCGUCGACAGACACCUCCUUGCCCUCAAAAUCGCCCACCAAUUCAGAACUAGUGUGCGAUGCGAAGAGCUGGACAGGGUAAUUCAAAUGCCGUUCGACCUUGUGACCUGUCGCAUUCCCAAUUCGUCGUCUGAGGGUGCAUGGCAGAUUGGUUUGCCGGCUCCGGUACACAAAGGUGGCCUUAGCAUUACCUACGCGUGUCGAUCAGACCCGGAGGCGAUGGAUUUCAUCGUGAGUGGAGCUGGAAGUCGAGCCUCUAAGUUUGUACAGACCCUCAAUCAAACCCUCCGCGAUUUGCAGGACCUUCUGCAAAUUCACCCAAUCACAUUUUGA